AUGAACGCCUUCGAAACACGGAGUUGGUCCAAGAUCCCGCUCAUCAUUCAGGCCCUUCUGCCGCUGCUCGCCCCGGCACUAUAUGCGGCCUCGAUUUACAUGCUUCUCGGGCGUAUCAUCGACUCUUUGGAAGCGGAUCAUCUUUCUCUGAUCCUCGUUAGAUGGAUGACAAAGAUCUUGGUCUUCGGAGAUGUGUUCUCCUUUGCUUUUCAGUGCAUCGGUGGAGGGAUUCGCUUCGGUGCAAGUGACAGAGAGGGGCUAGACCGCGUCGAAGAUAUCAUUUUUGUUGGUCUCAGCAUCCAAACCCUACUCUUCGCAGCCUUCACCGUGUCUAUUCUCCACAACUGCUUGGGAACGGCCAUUCCACGUCACAUCGCCCGAGAAUUACUUACAUGUAUCGAGCUAGCCACAUUUACAUUUCAAAAGCAUUUGCCCGGAGAAUAA